AUGAAGACGGCCCACAAAUCGAGCGGGAAGCUCAUCAUCCUCUUCCUCCUCGUCUCUGUUCCAUGGACUUCUUCCGAGGAAUCGACCCCAGCGCCCACCACAGAGCCCACAGUACCACCGGCAGUUGGAGAAUCGACAACUGCAGUGCCUCAACAACCGCCACCGCCGACCACUAAGUUGGAAUCCUACAAUUUUGAAGGGCCGCUCACUGAAAUGAGAGGAUCCUAUACACUGCCUCAGAUGAUGAAUUACGAUAAAGGACGUCCCGGCUGGGCCUCGAUUUGGUCCGUUAAUGUGGCUGAAAAGAAUUUCGGAGUAUACUUCUGGCCUCCCAAGUACUGUCACGCAAUCUAUCUCUGUGCAGUCACAUCGAAAUCAUAUAAUGCUAUGAAUCAGUUUGACGAAUUUGACUGCGAUAACAAGUUCCUCAAGUACUAUCCACAUAUUCAACUGAUUAAAUUCAGAAAGGACAACAUUUCUGAAAUUGUGGAAAAGUUCUAUGUGGAAAGUGCUCUUCAAUUUCAACAGACAGCGGAUAAUGUUUAUACAUUGAAGGCAUUGAAAGCGAAUCCAAGGUCCUACACAGAGUGGAUUGAAAUGCUCAAAAAACCAGAAAGUUUUGAAAACUUGGACUGGAAUCUCGAAAAAAAUGACUUGUUGAUUCUGACGAAUAGUCGAAUGUGCGAGGUGAACAAGCCAGGACUCAACGGGUUUAUCCCAAUAUUCCACCACAGUAACAUGCCUCCCGAAAUCACAAAAAACUGGCCUCAGUGGCUACCAAAUCAGGAAAAAACCGACAAGUUCUAUCCAACUGUUACUCUUGCAGCAACUGGACAUUCAAAGAAAGACGUUGAUUUGUUAGAUUAUUUGAAAGGCGACAAUAUGAUCCAUAGUCAGACGACACUCGGAAAUGCGAAUCAACAUUGUUCGAAUUACGAGAAAGUUAGUGUCUUCGGAGCAAGAAAGCCAGUUUAUGAGCAUUCUCCAUUUGUGUCAACUGCCACUUAUGAAGUAUUCCAACCAAAUCUUAAUGUAGCAGGACAAAGAUAUACGAUGGAAUUAGAGUUUGAAAUGAACAAUUGUCAAUGGAUUCGUUUCUGGGCGACUGACCAACAUGAUAUGUCUGAAUAUAAAAAAAUGAAACCAGAAGACACAAUGGAUCUUUUCAUUCAAGAAGGAUUCUAUCUUCCACCGGAUUCAAAUGAACCAGUUCCACUUCCAGAUGUCCAUUUGAUGAGUAAAAUCAAGUUUACUAUUCUGAAAGAUGCCGCGUCUGUAAAUGAUGAUCAUGAGUUGAUUGAAUUCUCUUUUGGAAAUGUCAACGACAACUACUUGUUCCAUCACUUUUUCAGAUCUAAAUCAUUCGGAAAAAAGACAUUCAAACUUCAUAUGAUCAGAUCACCAAGAUGUGAAUCUAAUAUUGUCAUUGAUGGUGGUUUUAAAGAGAAGGAAACAACUGACAUUCCUAACUUAAAAGAUGUCAAAUCGUGUUUAUACACUUACUCGAGAGAGAAAUAG